AUGCCGGCUAGCAUUUUUUCUGAGCCAUCGCUCUCUGCCAGCAUGGUAGAAGAUCUGGAAGCCGACUACAGUGGAGUUUUUAGGAAUAUUGAAGACAUCCUUAGCCGCUUACCAAAUGUGUCACCGGUUGAUAGAUACGAACGCCUGCAAAAAAUCGGCCAAGGAACGUUUGGCGAAGUGUUUAAAGCUAGGCAUAGAAUGACAAAGCAGCAUUUUGCCUUGAAAAGGAUCCGAAUGGAGCAGGAAAAGGAGGGGCAAUUCAAGUUUCCAAUAACUGCCAUUCGCGAGAUCCGUAUUUUACAAUCCUUACAGCAUGAAAAUAUUGUCUGCCUUAAGGAUGUUUGUUACAAUACAAGAGAUGAGCGUUCAUGCUUUCGGCCGCAAUUCUUCCUGGUUUUUGAAUUUUGUGAUCAUGAUCUCGCUGGUCUCAGUCAAAGGAUUGAUUUCUCGAAUUCAGUUAAAAAAGCCAUUAUGCUUCAGCUUUUAAAAGGGCUUUUUUAUUUACACAACUUUUACCGGAAUCGGACCUUGAUUUUCCGUCCUAGAAACAAUGUGCUUCACCGAGAUUUGAAAGCGGCCAAUAUUUUGAUCAACAGAAACGGAGUUUUGAAAAUUGCGGAUUUUGGCUUAGCACGAAGGACUGUUGCUUCCACCCGCCCGGAUCGACCACCACGUUACACAGGCCGAGUGGUUACUCUGUGGUAUCGACCACCGGAAAUUCUCCUCAACGACCGUAACUAUGGAAAACCUGUUGACAUGUGGGGAGCAGGCUGUAUCAUGGCUGAACUGUGGACAAAAUUUCCUAUAAUGCAGGGUGAUAACGAGCUGGCUCAACUAAAGCUGAUCAUCAAUCUUUGCGGCUCCAUAAACUCGGAAGUGUGGCCAGGAGUUGAGCGUUUGGAUGCCUUUCGAGAUGCCCAACUUCCGCGCGACAUCAAACGCCAUGUACGGGAGCGUCUAAAAGACAAGGUCUCCUCUCCUACAGCCAUAGAUUUGAUCGACAAACUGUUGGUCAUCGAUCCUUCUAAGCGCUUUACUGCCGACCAGGCCCUCUCCCAUGACUACUUCUACGAAGACCCACCUCCAGGCGAUCUGAAGGUCCUCUCUCGAGAGGGUACGAGCUACUUGGAGUUCUUCUCCAACCCACGUCAUUCUCGUGGAGUCCAACAGCAGCAUCAGCAGCUUCCACAGGCACACCAUAACUACCACGGUGGCCAUCACAUGGGGACGCAUCAGCGACCUGGACCGUACCAGUACCAUCCCGGGGCAGGACGUGUCCCCAUGGGACAAGUACGGCGUCCACUUAUACCGGAUGAUAACAUUCAUCAUGAUAGGAUCUACUAA